AUGAGUCGCGAUCAACGCAACCCUUCUACCGCCGGCUCUGACAGCCUCAAAGGCGGCGCCUCGGUGCAGGCCGCCUCCCACCAUACUGAUACUCCUACCGACGGCGAAUUUAUCUUUGAUCCGAAGCUCGAGAGCCGACUACGAUGGAAGAUUGACAUGUGCAUCGUACCUAUCGUCGCUAUUCUCUAUCUUUUUUGCUUCAUUGACCGCGCCAACCUUGGUAAUGCCAAGAUCGCCGGCAUGGACCGGGACCUCGGCAUGAAAGGCUACGACUACAACAUGAUUAUUUCCAUCUUUUACAUAUCAUAUAUUCUCUUCGAGAUCCCCUCCAAUAUUCUUUGCAAAUGGAUUGGCCCCGGCUGGUUCAUCCCCGUCCUGACAUUGCUCUUCGGGGUCGCUUCCGUGGGCACCGCCUUUGUCAAGACUGUGCCCCAAGCCGCCGGCGUUCGCUUCCUGCUCGGCAUAUUCGAGGCCGGCAUGAUGCCGGGUAUUGCCUACUACCUCUCCCGCUGGUACCGUCGAUCGGAGCUGGCCUUUCGCCUGUCUCUGUACAUUGUCAUGGCGCCGCUGGCCGGUGCCUUUGGCGGACUGCUGGCCACCGCCAUCCUAAAGCUGAAGAGCUUUGGUAGCCUGGAAAGCUGGCGCAUGAUUUUUGCCAUUGAAGGCAUCAUUACCAUCGGCCUCGGCAUUGUCGCUCUCCUUGUGCUCACCGAUCGUCCGGAGACUGCCAUCUGGCUCAGUCCCGAGGAAAAGAAGCUCGCCAUAGCCAGAGUUCGGUCGGAGCGCAUUGGCAGCACGCAGGUGCUCGACAGAAUCGAUACAAAGAAGCUGAAGCGAGGCAUCUUCAAUCCAAUCACACUGAGCACAGCCUUUGUCUUUUUGCUAAACAACAUUACGGUACAGGGCCUUGCCUUUUUUGCGCCGACCAUUGUUGCUACCAUCUACAAAGACAGGACCGUCGUCCAGAAGCAACUCUUUACGGUGCCCCCUUACAUUGUAGGGGCUUUCUUCACCGUGCUAUUCCCCCUCAUCAGUUGGCGUAUAGACAGACGUCAAAUUUUCUUCAUUCUGUCUGCCCCACUCGUCAUGACUGGAUACAGCAUGUUCCUCGGUUCCCAUGACGCCUCUGUGAGAUAUGGCGCCACGUUUCUCAUUGCUUCUUCAGCAUUCUCUCUCGGCGCCCUCACAAACGCCCAGGUUUCUGCCAAUGUGGUUGGUGAUACCGCCCGCAGCGCCGCCAUUGGCACCAAUGUCAUGUUUGGCAACAUUGGCGGUCUCAUCAGCGGCUGGUCCUACUUGCCCUUUGACUCACCAAACUAUCACAUCGGCAAUGGUCUGAAUUUGGCUGCCGCCGGCACUGGGCUGGUAAUCAGCACUCUCGCCCUGUUGUGGAUGAAGGCAGACAACAAGAGGAGACGUAGUCUGGAUGUCGACGAGAAGCUUCGAGGCAAGACCCAGCAAGACAUUGAGGACAUGGACUGGACUCAUCCAGGCUUUCUGUGGAAGCUGUAG